AUGGCAUCUAUCAUCGACCCCGUUAAUAGCGUUAUUUCAUCCACUGCUGACCUCAGGAAGGCAUCCGUUGAGCAAAAUCGUGCCAAAAACCGUAAGGUUCGGUACAGAAACGUAAAUGUCAAUCUUCUUAACCAACCUAUAGACCCUUUAGCGAGGAACCCGAAUUGUAAACGUUGGAACGAACGCAAUAUGUUCAAGAUGCCUAAUCCCAACACCUUCGGUGGGCCCUCUUGCCAAUGCCAAUCAUGCAGGUCAUAUCGCUGGGAAUCAAAUAAUCGAUGCAAAACUCGUCUUCAAAGGGCCUGGGAUCACGAUCCGGUUGACGGGCUUGACGACUUGCUCGAUCAAGAUAACAUUUAUCGUGAUGGGGUCGAUGGUGUUCUCUACUCCUACGAUCUACCCUCUGGACCCAGCCACGGUUCUCAAGUCCUAUCUCAAGCUCUUAACAUCGCCAUCGACAAAAUGGAAAGGAAGCAACUUGAGCUAUUGAUCAAGAAUGAGUAUGAUGUUGUCGACUCCGAGGAGUCUGCAUCAUCUGAAGACGACGACUACGAGUUUGUUUAA